CUCCCACCCAGACUUCAUCUCCCUCCCCCCUCAAGGAUCUGCCAUCCCCUAGUCACUUGCUGGAUAUCGCACUCCCCAAGAUCUUGGUCCAGGCACAGGUUUAAGUCACCCUGGGAUUUAUAAAGCUUUGGUUCAGAAUUGAUCUGAAGCUUUGCCUUUCUUCUUGGUUGUAAUUUAAGAAACUCUGCUUGAAUUAAGGAUUGCCCAAUCUGGUCUGCCGCCAUGCCUCUCUCGGGAACUCCAGCACCUCCUAACAAGCGGAAAAAGCCCAGCAGGAUCAUUACCGACCUGUCUCAUGUCUCUCAGAACGAGAAUGAGUCUGACCCAGACGCAUCAGAGUUUGACCUGGGGACAAAGAUCCGGGCACCCAGGGAUAUCAUGAUGGAGGAGCUGUCCCUGAUGAAGAACAAAGGCUCGCAGAUGUUCAAGUUAAGGCAGAAGCGAGUGGAGAAGUUUAUCAUUGAAAACAACCCUGAUGUUUUCAGCAGUGAGUCUAUGGAGAACUUUCAGAAGCUUGUACCAAGUCUUGGGGGUCAGAUGAUGGAUGUUGGCGGUCACUUGGUCGGUGGACAGAUGGUUGGGCAGGCAGGUGCAGCUGGUGCACCUGUGCCACCUCCUAAACCAGGAAGCCAUGGCAAGGGGGCAGGAGCAGGGCAUUCAGCUGGACACGGGCACGGAGCUGGACACGGGCAUGGAGCUGGACACGGAGGAGCAGGUGGUGCUGGUGGACACGGUGGACAUGGUGGUGAAGCACAUGGAGGCCAUGGCCAUGGCCAUGGAGAGAAGAGUGCAAUGAAGCGUGAGUAUGUGAAGACGUACAUAUCCCCAUGGGAAAAGGCCAUGAAAGGGAACGAGGACCUGACGGCAACCCUGAAAGCUCGUAUGCCAGGCCCUCAUAUUUACAAAGACCUGCCCAAAUACAAGAGCUUCAACAGGACUGCCCUUCCCUUUGGUGGCUUUGAGAAGGCAUCCAAGCUCAUGACCUUCCAGCUUCCAGAAGCUGAGGUGGUCGAGGAAGAGCCUGAACCAGCUGUGGUGUACCACCAAGACAUUAGCACACGGCCUUCCUUCAACCGCACCCCCAUCGGCUGGGUGACCAGUGGUGAGACCAGCGACAUCCACAUGGAUCUGGAGAUACCCUUUGAUGGGGAGACAGACGACCUGUAAGGGGAGGACACACAGACAUACACACACCAACACUGAGACAUCACAUCUCCAACCUCAGUGUGCAAGAUCAUUCAUUGCAUUUCAAUGAAUGUUGUUCGAUUCUGAUUUUCCCAACUUGCGAGCAUACAUAAGAGCAGAAACAGUAUCACAUAUACACACACUUUAAUGUUGUCCAAGGUCAGUGCCACAAUCGGGUAAAUUAAAAAAGAGUAUCAUUGAUUUGAAUGGUAUAUUUGCAUUUUGUCAGUUUGCCGAAUGCUUCACAGCAGAUCACUAACGUUCUACAAAGUACCAGACUCGAUUGCCAUCUUUAUUAAUGUCCAAAAAUGUAUUUGUCUUUGGAAAUAAGAACACAGUACAGGCCUAGCUUAUGAUCCCCCCAGUAGUCUAUGUAAUAGGUAGGCUACUUUUGCAUGACUUCCCCAUUGAAAUCUAGAUACGUUUGAGUGAGAGAUGAAUGUUUUCUUACCCUGUUCAAGUCAGCAUGUUGCACUUUAGAGUUGUGGGCAUUGUUGUCACAAACUGUAGGCUGCUUAUAUUCCCUACAGGUUGCAACCUGUAUCUAUCUACUUGCUACAUUCUGUAAUGUUAAGGCUUUUAGCAGCACAAUGUAUUAUCAUCCCUGCACAUAAAUGUAUGCACAUUAAAGGCUCUACAUGUGUCUAGGAUUGGAAGUUGCCACUUUGUAUGUCCUUGCUACAAUUUAAUAAACAUUUUCAAAGUGUAAA